AUGAAAUCUCUUUACUUUCCGAGAGCUCUUUUACCGACGCAGACUUUACCGAUAUCAGCCCCUCCGUCUUUGGGAGAUGCAAGAGUUCCAGGAACAGAAUUAGUUAUACCCCUUGGUAUGGGUAUACUAUUUCUAAGUGGUCUUUGUACAGUAUACGUAAUCAUUAGAACGAUGUCUCGAUGGAAGACUACUAAAAGAUCUUUACCAAUGGCGUUGAGAGGAUUUCCAUUAUUUGAAGGCAGACCAUGGCCAACAGAUGAUUGCCGAUUGAUCGGAGGCGUAACAUUCUUUUUAGUGUCAUGUAACAUGAUACUCGUAGGAUCAUUAGCAAUGUUAACUUUUUUAAGAAUAUGUAGAAAAUGGUACAUCGAUUUGGGAAAAUGUGAUUACAAGUUAUUUGCUUUUCUCAUAUCAUUAUCUUUUGUCUUUACUAUGGCUGGAAUUCAAAGCUUUGGUGCUAGUAAAUAUUGGUAA